AAGAUUUACCGAUCCAAAUGUGCGCUUCCCUCCCUCUCGUAAUCGGAGGCGAUUUAUUUAGACGUUAAAAACCCGACGCGAUACGGAACCCCGCAGCUUAGCGGAAAGCUUCAAAGGGAGGAAGAGGGAGCCUGAGAGGAGGUGGAGGAAAUGGCUGCGGCGGCGGAUGUGUCGACGGCGGCGAGGACUAGUAGCAGCCCGGCGGCGGAGGAGGGGGGGCAGCGGGGCGAGCACGAGAGCGAGAGCGAGGGGGAGGAGGUGGGUGUGGCGGCCGUGCUGGACUUCGACAUGCUGUGCGCGUCCGUGGCGCUGUCGGCGGAGAGGAGGAAAGGCGCCGCCGCGCCGGAGGGGGCGGCUGGCGACUGCGGCGGCGGAGGCGGAGGGGUGCAGAGGAUGUGGGAGGGCGACGUCGUGCUGGAUUGCUUGGAGGACCGGCGAAUCGCGCUCGAGGCGUCCUGCUGCCCAUGCUAUCGGUUUGGUAAGAACAUGCGGAGAGCCAAUCUCGGAUCUUGCUUCCUUCAGGGAAUGGUUUACUGCAUUCUGUUAGCUGCUGUCCUGAUCAGCCUAAUUGCCUUUUCUGUAACAAGGCAUCAUAUAUAUUUAUAUAUGGGACUUGGCUCUGUCCUCUUGAUAGCGAUCUAUACUGGUUAUUUCCGGAGAAGAAUCAGGAAGCAAUUCAACAUUCGGGGUACUGAGAGCAGUCUGGACGAUUGUGUUCUCCAUCUCAUAUGUCCCUGCUGUACGCUGUGCCAGGAGGCUAGAACUUUGGAGAUGAACAAUGUCCAGUGUGGUGUCUGGCAUGGACGAGGUGAUACCAUUUGUUUAGGGCGCAACGGUGAAGGAAACAAGGCUUUCGCUGCCCUGAACAAGGCCUCUCUUGUGCCUAUAAAGUCCCCAGGGUUGUGUGGCAUGGAUAGAACGUCAAAUGCUGCUGACGAGCAUGAGCCACUUGUCCCACCAGACCAACUGGAGCAGGUUUAGGUAUUCUGUAUUGCCACAACCUCUGCACUUUCCCAGAAGGGCUUCGACAGGGCUGAGAAAAAAAAUCAUUGGUGCUUCAAUUCUCUGCCGGCUUAUUUAGGUGCCUGCAUCCAUUGAUCCCAAGAACUGGACUUUGCAGCAACCAUACAUGGGUGAUGAUGGGCGCAAUCGGCCUGCUGCUGCUGUUAUAAAAUUCAGUGAUAGCUUUUUUUUCGCGCAGUCGAAUUGUUAAGGUCCAAGACAGUACCUGCAUAAUGUCCCUACACGUGCUCGGGCCUUUUGCCUGAAUCCAACUGUAAAUUUCAGAUUCAACUUAGCAGUUCGAGUGAUACAUAGACACGAAUGAAAUGGUAAUGUUCUCAUCACCGUCCGUGCUUGUUC